CACCUGCGGCUGGGAGGGGGGCGGGGCGGCUGCCGCGGCGGCGCUGCCGUGUGAGCCGCGUCCCCGGCCCGGCGGCGGCGGGAGGGUCGCGGGGAAGGGCGCGGCGGGGCGGGCGGCGAUGGAGGAGCCCCUCUGCUGCUGCGAGUACGUGGACCGGAGGGGCGAGAGGAACCACCUGGCGGCGUGCUGCUGCGACUGCGAGGACCUGGACGAGGGCUGCGAGAGGUGGCUGACGUGCAGAUCCCUGCCCCCGGGAGCUCUGGAAAGAAUUGCCGACACCGUGGCGGACCGACUGCGGGUCCCUUGGUUCGCAGGGGCCGUGAAGAUCAAUGUCAGCCUCGUGCCGCCUCUGGUUCUGCUGCCCGUCUUCCUCCACGUUGCCGCUCUGCACUUCCUGCUGGGGCUCGUCGUCUUGACAUCGCUGCCCGUGGUGGUGCUGUGGUAUUACUACCUCACCCACAGGAGGAAGGAACGGACUCUCUUCUUCUUGAGCCUAGGGCUCUUCUCCUUGGGCUACAUGUACUAUGUGUUUCUCCAGGAGGUGGUUCCCCGAGGCUACGUGGGCUAUUCCCAGGUGGUUGCUCUCACGUGUGGGUUAAUUCUUAUGCUUGCAGCUCUGUCUCGAGCCAAGAAAGACCCUGGCUACCUUCCCAUCCCAGCAAGCAACGAGAAGUCAUCGCACCAGGUUUUGCCCAACAAGAGUGUUAGAGGGAGCUCCAACGGGCUCCAUGGCGUCACCGUGUCAGGCGCUGCCAGCGGCCGUGCUGUGAAUGGGGAGGCCAAAGGCUAUUCCAGGAUGUCAGCUGGGGAGCCAGAAGGUGUGAAAAAGGACUGGUGCGCUAAAUGCCAGCUGGUCAGACCAGCCCGAGCAGGGCACUGCCGGCUUUGUGGCAGGUGUGUAAGGAGACUGGACCAUCACUGUGUCUGGAUUAACAGCUGUGUAGGGGAGCAGAACCAUCAAGCAUUCAUCCUUGCACUCUCCUUCUUCAUGCUCACCUCUGUGUAUGGGAUUACAUUGACCCUGCACACCGUCUGUAGGGGCCGAACUCCAUUCGUGGCGUUGUUCUACUGCCCCGGGGCCUAUUCUGACUACAGCUCUGCUCUGUCGUUCACCUGUGUGUGGUACUGUGCCAUUGUAACAGCUGGCAUGGGAUACAUCCUUCUUAUCCAGCUGUUGAACAUCAGCUACAACGUGACUGAGAGGGAAGCUCGGCUGGCGCUGCGGGACAACACUGGGCGCAGGCUCCUGGGUGGGUUAGUGAUAGACACUGGCCAGUAUAACAGGGGUUUCCUAUGCAACUGGGGCCAUUUCUUGAGCCUGGGGUCUUCUCCUCCACAGCGCUCUGCUGAAGAUAUCGUGUGACAGCCCUCUUUCUGCACAUGACCGUGACUGACUUUCUUUAGCAGGGGAAUGGCCCCUUCCCGAAACUAGGACUCCCUCCUCCCACACCCUUCCUUUGCGGUCGGUGCAUGGGCUGCCUAUACCGUCACUGACAACAUCAGAGGCUUUCCCAGGCAGAAUGGUUCUUCACGUGCUGCCAGCCAGCAAUAAGAUGCAGAAAGCAGUAAGCCAUAUGCACGAACCUGGAGAGAAGGAGCCUGCUGCCUUUUUCCACUGUGGGAAACUUUGUGCAGCUCAGCUCAGCAGGAAGAAGAACACAAGGCUUUGAGAACUUGAGUUUUCAUUAGCCGUGAACCCUGGCAUCAAGAGGAACCCACUGCUGGACUUCAGAGUGUGCACUGGUUCCUGCAAAGGUUAAGGAAUCCCUGGCUUGUACCUACGUGCAACAUUUCAGAGAAGUCAGGAGGGUGAACUUUUAAUUCAGAUAACAGAUGGACCACAGCAGAAGCCAGACCCUUUGGCUGAAAGAGGCUGUCUAGGCACUCACUGAGCGGCUCCCUCCUCUCUGGUGCAUUUUUUUUUUUUCUAUAUUCUAUGCCAUCCAGCUGUAUACAUGCUUGUAUUAAGUGCCUUUGUGAGCAACAUUGCUGUAGGGCUUUGUAAGAUCCCUUCAUCUCUUGACCCCUAAAGUUGUUAUUCCAUCCCUGUCUGUCCAACUGGGUAAGAAGACAGUGUCAUUUUCAAUCUCAUCAGUCUUUCUGCAACCUGGGUCUGUUGGUUUGAAGGCUUGGCUUACUUCCCUCAAAGUGUUUCUGCUCUGAUUAUGGAUUGUGACACGAGACAGCAGGUAAAUGUACCAAGUAAGAUGUUUUGAAGCAACGUGUAAUAGUGGACUUUGAGGGGAAAACAAGAUUGUUGUCCAAUGUUAUUGUUACUUUAUGGAAACUACCUUCCUCCCUCCCUCUAUGGGAGAAGGGAGUCUGUGGGAGAGUAGACAAUUCUGCUAGCCGCAUUUUUGGUAGGUAGCAUUUUGGUUGGUUGUGUUGCUAAUAACAUAGUGAUCCCAUCUCCUCUCAACCCAAUCACUGUGGAGCUGCCUGACUUAGGUCUGUUUUCUCAAGCCAGGAAGCCAAGGAAUACUUCAGUCUCUACUGGCUGCUUUUGGGGUAGAUGACCUGUGCUGGCAGGUGAAUGAACGUGCUAAAUGUGUUCUGGAGGAAUACCAUGUGUUCCUCAGCAGCCGGCAACUGUAUUAUUGCCUGGACUUGAGUUUCAGCUGAAAUCACAAAGUUUUGGUGUUGAUGGUUUCUCUUUUCUUGUGGGUGGGGUUUUUGUUGAUUUUUGUUUUAAACCCUUUGUGUAUGUUGCUGCCCCUGCAGUAAUCAUAUGAAAGGUCUGGCUGGAAGAGCCUGGGAUCAUGGCACAGGGGUUACGGGUUGGGCUAAGAUGCAGAAGCAGAGGGAAAAGCCUUGUCCUAGCUACUGUUUUUAGAUGCGUGUGCAGCAUGCACAGAUCAUACCUACCCCUGACUCCAGUUACACGGCAGGCAGCUGGGGGAUGUUGGCCGAGUGACGCAAAUUCACUGUGGAUUAUCUCUGAAGAAUGGAUGGAUGGUAGCAGGGUUGGGGGUGUCCCCUGAGAUCCACGCCACAUUCGGUGUGUACGCUCCUGAUUAUGUGCCCCAGUUUAAGGUGAAGACCAUGUCCUUCUUUGCACUGUUUGGUUUCCUCAAGUGGCACUUUCUAUAACCAGCAGAUAAUUGAGGAGCAGCUGCACUUGGAAUGUGUCUGUGCAGAAAGAGGUAUUGACUUACUGAGUGUCCCUUAUUGCCUCUUAUCCCUUUUCAUCCGGUGAACAAUCCUUAUAAGGAGGUGAAGGGUACGCCUCUCUUGCUUCCUGCUUCUGACCACUUCUCUGGCCCUAACGUGAAGAAAAAGGCACUCAGCUGGACUGUGCUAACUGUUCCUCUAUGACUUUCUGUUUGGAGCUUGGAGCAUGACCCUAGCAGUUUAAAUUCACACAAAGACCUUGCCUCCACAUGAGUUGUCUGUAAACAUUUCUGUGGCACAUACGCAUUUUGUGGUGCCUGCUGAGAUGAACCAGAGCUUGGCAACCCUGGAGACGGGGGGGUGGGGAUGCUCUGGGCUAGCAGGUUUGUGAUCUUCUCAGACCUCAUCCUGCUGGCACUUGGGAAGAUUGAGGCAGAAUGAUCUCCUGGGCUAAAUGAACCCCUGCAGUGGAGGUAGCCAACCUCUCUGUCCCUGUGAGUUACAUGCGUAGAAUUCAAUCAUGUGCCCAUUGAUCACAGAUCACAGAUCAUUUCCCUGGCAGUGCCUGACCCUGUUGCUUUUGCUUUCUCCCACAAGCAGAGACUGGUUACUGCUCGGCAGCCUGUCUGUCAGCGUGGCCUUAUCCCUUGUCUCUUGGUGAGCUCUGGCAGCGGAGAUUUCAUUUGAACUGCUUAUGCUGAGACCCUCAGUGGUGUUCUCCCAGGCAGCGUGGACUUUGGAGGGCAGAUUAGGAACAAAGGACCUUGGACUAAUGUAACCAUUCCAUACCUUGGUCAAGACCACUCCAUUAUAGUGGGGGUUAAAGCCCACCCCAAUAUAGUAGAGGUAAAGUGCUAAAGUAAAUUUCAUUUUUGCACUUACCCCAGAGGGAACUGGAACCAUUCAGGACACUAAAAUGGUUGCAAGGCUGGGUUUUUGUGGGAGGAGAAUGCAGUGCUGAUUCCCCAGUGAACAGGAAGUUCACCUGGCUGUAAUCUGCAUAGCAAUGGUGACUUUUUCUUUAAGGCUUUUGUUUACCAUUCUGGCUUCUUCGUGAGAGGAUUUACCUUGUGAAUGCUUUGGGAGAUGGGAAGCAUAAAGUAACAGGAUAUAUUGCUAUCUAAAAGGGCGGAAGAGUGUUGAGCUUCAGAUGCAUACUUUGGAGCUCUCCUUUUAAUAGCCCUGAGAAUUAGCAAGAAGCCCUUGAAGGAUAAUGCUCCCUCUUGCACUUACAGCAAGGGCAAACUGUUGUGAUCUCUUGUGUACUAAAGGACAAUUUAUUUUCUGAGUAUUUUCUUGUUGAGCUUGUUAUUGGCCACGCUCGUAGAAAAAUAUUAAAACCUAGGCAUAGUCAGUCCUCAGGCUCACUGUGUUAGUAGCUGCCUAAAUCCAUGCUGCCUGGGUGUCAGAGCAGGCUGCAUUUGACAGGUGACUUGUAUGUUGUGUGUGUGGCCUUGAGGCGAGGAGCAGUGUCUCACCUGUAAAACUGUAUGCAUGUACCUGGCAGCACAGAAAACAGUACCCUGCUGGGCUCUUGAAAAGUUUUCCCUGUGUAAGAAGAGAGGACCCAGAGCUGGUCAGAAGCAGGGAAGGAUUUUGGUAAUAUCUAGCCUUGAUGUUUCUCCACCCAGACUUGCCAACGAGUUUAUCGUAGUUUAAGUAUGACCUUUUAAGAGGCAUUUGUUGUUUCACAAGUAUUGUGGACUUCUGCAGACCGGGGCAACUCGUAAGGCGCCAGGGUUCUGAUGUUGCCGCUGUUGUAGUGUUAAACCCUCCAUGUCCAAAUGCCAGCACCCUACUGUUCAGUGACUAUACUACGAACUGUGCACCAUUAGAUACACCCUGUAAAUGGUAGCUUGGCACUCUUUAACUGUGUCUUCUUACAUCGUGCUUUUCUGUAGGCAAGUCACAGGUCCACACAUCGACUGUUUCUCCAUUUAACUUGUCCUCAAAUGACUAAAGUCACUGGUGAGCUGGAGUUGGUGCCGCUUGUGACUCCUAAUCACAUUUCAGCCUUCAUGCUAUGAUGGUGCUUUUUUUCUUCAAAGUAGGUUGCUUUCAAGUGUCUUAAUGAAACCAUUUGCUGUAAAAUUUCUUCUGAAGAUAAAAUGGAUACUGCCUCACUGCCUAAUGUCUUAAUAAUAUGCUUGGUUUUUUCCUUCUAUAUGAAUCUAUAUUGCCUCAUUAGGGCAGGAAGCGUGUGUGAUUAUGGAUGUGUUUUCCCUGUAUUGUUUUCAGUGAAGAACUCUACAGUUUCCUAGGAUUUUCUUCCACUAUCAGGAUGUUUAUACAGUGAAAAUCUUUCUGCAGAUAGGUGAGGUAGGCACUUUCUGAAAUGCAGGAAGUCAGCCUCCCAAGAUCUUGUCUUUAUGGAACUCCUCUAAUGUGAAGAAUGAUGGGCUCUGGAAGAACUGUCUGCCUUGGAGAGUGGGGUGGUUUGGGGUUGUUUUUUUUUGUUUUCCACCUUAAGCUUUAGGAAGAAACUGCCUGAAACA